AAUACAGAUGAUUUACAAGAUGAGUUGUCUUCAUUCCGACGACAAUGGCAAGAAGAGCUGGAACAGAAGAGUAGGUCAAACUCCCCACAACUACAGCAAGAAACUUCUUCAGAUGAAAACAUUGGUGAACAACGGAAACAAAGUUUAAAACCUGCAGAUACAGAUGAAAGCAUUGAAUCUAGGGUGGGUAUGAGGGUAUCACCUGAAAUAUCUGUGUAAGUUUUAAAUUAAAAAUGCUAGAUGCGCGACCAGGACUCAUCAUAAAUUUUAUGAUCAGAGAACGUUUUUCAGAACUUUAAGUUUUAAAUUGUUGACAAUAGAUGUAUUGUACAUGGAAUGAUUCAAAUACUUGUGUACGUUUGAGGCAUGAUCAUGGCAAUUUUACAUCCAGUGAAAACAUGUUUUAUAAUCAUACUCGGGUGCAAAUGACUGUUCUAUUAACCAGCUCUCCUUUUUCUCCAAAAAGAAUGUUUAGAUGUUUAAUAUGUCAUCUUGUAACAUGUAGGCCAAAGUUCUUUUUCUUACUGGGGCAUCUUUGGAGCAAAAAGGCAAAAUACCCGAAGGUUUGAAAACUUUUCUCCCAUUUUGCUGAUUUUGACUUAAUUUGAUUUUUCAUAGAUAAUCUUUGACAAAUAAGCAUUGUUCUUAUUUUUGUAAAUGUUAUUAUUUUUUCCAAGCAAUAAGAUAUUAUCGUCAAGCCAUCCAAUUGUUGCCAGAUAUUGAAUCGAGGCUAUCUGAUUUUAAUGAACUGGUACCAAAAAAUGGUGAGAACUUAAAUGUCUUGUGAGUGUAGAAUUUUGAAUUCAAGAAGAUUUUAGUCCUUUUCAACAUCUCCCUUUCUAGUACAAGCACCUCUCUAUUAAUGCUGACACAUCGGUAAUAAGACAUCGCUCCAAUAUAACACCUCUGCUAGAGAAAACUCUUCAAUAUGUACAUCUCUCUAAUAUGGACACCUUUCUAAUGAUGAUGAUGGUGAUGAUUUUAUUGAUCCAUCUUUAGUUUAAAAUCCGAUACAACAUUUGUAUAACACGGACGCGAAUGUUGUAAAUGGCUUAAAAAAUGACUCAUCUUAUGAGUUCAUUGGCGAAGUAAUUUUUAAUAUCCGAUACAACACGGCCGCUCAUGUUGUAAAUAGUACAUACAGACACCUCUCUAAUACAGACAUAGGGACACCUCUCUAAUACAAACACCUCUCCAAUACAGACACCUCUCUAAUAUGACAUCUCUCUAAUACAGACACCUCUCUAAUACACAUCUCUCUAAUACAGACACCUCUCUUAUACACAUCUCUCUAAUACACAUCUCUCUAAUACAGACAUAGGGACACCUCUCUAAUGCAAACACCUCUCCAAUACAGACACCUCUCUGAUACACAUCUCUCUAAUACAGACACCUCUCUAAUACACAUCUCUCUAAUGCAGACACCUCUCUAAUACACAUCUCUCUAAUACAGACACCUCUAAUACAGACACAUCUCUAAUACAGACACCUCUCUAAUACAGACAGCUCUGUAAUGCAGACAUCUCUCUAAUGCAGACACCUCUCUAACUCUAAUGCAGACACCUCUCUAAUGCAGACACCUUUCUAAUACAGACACCUUUCUAAUACAGACACCUCUCUAAUACAGACAGCUCUGUAAUGCAGACAUCUCUCUAAUGCAGAUACCUCUCUAACUCUAAUGCAGACACCUCUCUAAUACAGACACCUUUCUAAUACAGACACCUUUCUAAUACAGACACCUCUCUAAUGCAGACACCUCUCUAAUGCAGACACAUCUCUAAUACAGACACCCCUCUAAUACAGACACCCCUCUAAUACAGACACCUAUCUAAUAUGACACCUCUCUAAUGCAGACACUUUUCUAGUUCAGACACCUCUCUAAUACGACACCUCUCUAAUACAGACACCUCGAAUGCAGACACCUCUCUCUAAUAGGACACCCCUCUAAUACAGACUCCUUUCCAAUACGGACAUUUCCCCAAAAAGGGACACCUGUCUAGCACAGGAAUUUCCUUCUGAUAACUGCACAGGCAAGCAUCGUUGUGUGAUCGGAUUUUAUUUGUCCAUACCCUAGAGUCAUCUCAAGAAAUAUUCACACCAGAUCUUAAUGAUGACGACGAUGGAACAGCAAGCAAUUACAACAUGAACUUAUACACGUAAGGAACACAUCCAUAAUUGGUCUGGGCUUCGAGAAGGCUGUUUCUUCUAUAAUUUCAGUUUAUAUUCUGUAGGUCAAAAGACCUUGAAGAUGUCGUCAGAGACUUUGACAAAUUGAGUGUGAAAGGAAUUUGUGAACCAGAAUUUCCAACAACUGUAUGGCCUGUGAUAUUUUUAUGCUACAAUGUUUAUUUAUUGCAGAUUAAUCUAUAGAUGGUUUUAUUUUUGUUUAUUAAAGAAAACGCACAUAUCUGCAUUGCCAGCUGAGCUGUUGAUGUACAUUUUUAAAUGGGUUGUGUCGCAACGUCUUGACUUAAGAUCACUUGAAAGAAUAGCUCAGGUAAAAGAGAUACAUACAGUAUAAGGACAUGACUGGAAAAGUCCUAGGACUGGAUGAAGUUUGAUCAAGUUUUAGGACUGGAUGAAAUUUUGAUCAAGUCAUAGGACUGGAUGAAGUUUUGAUCGAGUCCUAGGACUGGAUGAACUUUGAUCGAGGAUUCAAGUCCGAUGAUUGGAUAAAGUUUUGAUCAAGUUUUAGGACUGGAUGAAGUUGAUUUGGUCCUAGGACUGGAUAAAGUUGAUUUAGUCGUAGGAUUGGAGAACGUUACAUACAACACACCGAUUAUGACAUCCGUUUAUUAGGUCUGUAAAGGUUUUUAUGCCUUGGCACGUGAUGCAGAGAUUUGGCGUUUGGCUUGUAUAAGGUAAGGAUAACUUAACUAACUUUGUAUAACACGUCUGGCUUAAUGUGAAACCAUGUGCUUCUCAGUACAUUACAACAUUCAUACAAAAGUAUUUUCAUAUGUAUGUUAUGUUUGUGAUCAUGUAGGAUAUGGGGUGUGAAUCUUGGAUCAACAGUGUCAUGGAAUGGAUCUUGGAGGGAGAUGUAUCUGAAGCGAGCUCACGUGUUAUGCAACGGUUAGAGCGAUAUAUUAAACUGGAUAGUUCCUUGUUCAUUCGAUAGCUUCCUGUUCAUCUUUUAAUCGACCGGAGUAGCCGAACAAAACCUGCGAUGCUUGUCAACUAAGUCAUCUGAAAUUUCGUUUCAAGCCUACCAACAUUCGCUUCUUGCAUCGAGCUAUUGCGAUCACGCUUCAUAUUGCAAUUUUUCCACAUUCAUCUUCGAAACGGACAAUUGAGCAUUCUUCCAUAAAAUUGUGCAAGUCUCGAUUCAAGUAACGAUUUUUCAUUACCACGCUUCAUAAUAUCACCUUCAAGAGUGGUUUCUCAUUCUUCAGUUUUUCCAGUUAUAUCAAAAGCGUCCUUCAUGAUAUCGUCUUCAUAAUAUCAACUUUUUUCAUCAUUCUUCAGUUUUUCCACAGUUUUAUCAAAAGCGGCAGUUUGUCGUCUUUAUUAAUGAUAUCAUUUGCAAACGACUCUUUUUCUUCUUCAAAUCCGGACAUUUUUCAUCUAAAACAAGGCACAUUAAACAUGUCUUCUCCACUUCUUAAUUGAAAUGAUAAUCAGCCAACCCCAUAUCGCAGAAUUUGAACAAGGCACAUGUGUUAAAGGCACAGUUCAGCCUUUUGAACGAUGGUUUUUAAGGCGCAUUUCAGCUCUUUUAAUUGAAAAAAACUAACUAGGAAAAUCAGUUAAGCAUAAUUCAAGAUCACCAAACUCAAUGUUUUUAACAUUUUAAAACAUUUUUAUUGUUAAAAACAUCGACUUUACUGAUUUUGAAUUAUGCUUAAUUGAUUUUCCAAGUUAGUUUUUUCAUUUAAAAGGGCUGAAAUGCGCCUUAAAAAACAUCGUUCAAAAGGCUGAACUGUGCCUUUAAUCACAUUCCCAACUGUUAAAACUUCAUAAGAAAUCAAUGUAGAAAACGGCGCCACUAUAUCUUUUUACAGGUGUAUACAUCAGCAAGGUCAGCUACACACGGCCAAGUGAACCGACGUUUUACCAACAAUAUACUCCGUAUCAACUUAUCAUUUAUUAUCGAUACCUUCGAUUUUUCACCGAUGGUGAGUGCUCACCAAAUGGAUAGCUCUACGACUUAUUUCUCUUAGAGGUCCAGUAAGGACCAUCUUUUAGUGAUCUAGUGUUUCCAGAGGAGGAAAUCUAAAAUAAUCUAACUUAUGGAUAGUUCUACCAGUUCUAAACUGUUGUUCCUAGAGGUCCAGUAAGGAUUGAUCCAGUGUUACUACACGAAUAGACCUAAACUAAACACAUUUUAUUUAUAUUGAAUAGCUCUAUCAGUCCGAAACUAUUGCAAUCUAAAUCUCAAAUAUAAACCAACCUAACUUAUGGAUAGCUCUAUCAGUUCUAAACUGUUGCUCCUAAAGGUCCAGUAAGAGCCAUCACUUAUAAUCAGACAAUUGCAUAUUACAGAAUCAACCUUGUUCACAGAGUUGGAUGACACUUGUACUCACAACUGAAAUAAUUUUUCAUUCAUCAGGAUCAGUGUUGUUUCUUACAAGCCCAGAAGAACCACAUCUUUCUCUUUCAAAACUGUCCCUGAAAAAUGAAUCCACGAACAAUGUUUGGAAUGGCAAUUACAGAUUGGUUGGAAAUAAAGUAAGGGAAGACUAAAUUCGAAUAAAAAUGAGACAAGUUUUGGUCUCCCUAGAGGUCCAGCAAGGACAUCCCUUACCGUCCAGAGUUACUACAGGAGGAAACCUGAACUAAACUAAAGUAACUUUAUUUAUAGUGGAUAGCUCGAUCGAGUUUUCAGGGUCACUUGAAAUUCCAGAACUUUGCAAGCAGUUUUCAGGAGUAAAAUAUAAACCAGAUUUUUCCAGGAGGUGUACGAACCCUUUGAAGAAUUCCGAGAAACGUGCAACGUUUGAGAGAAGAAAACGUAUAAAUCAAGCAACUGCAUAUUGCGGGAAUGGAAACCCAGUCAUUAACGUAAUGUACUGCCAUUUGUCCAGGUACUGUUGGUGAUCCAGCGAGUGGACAACUAUGGUCACUCACGAAGAAGAGGCCGAAGACCAUCGCCACUGGUCAGCGAACGAGUUUUUCAUAUGGUAUGUUUGUUUAUUUCACAACUUUGGAUAAAAAUAGUGAUUGAAUGGUAUGGAGAACAGUGGGAUUUUCAAAACAAUGGAAAGAGAAUGAAACAUUCUGAUCACUGGAUCAUGACUGGAUGGUAUGACGAACAUCGAGAUUUUCAAAACAAUGAAAAGACAAGGAAACAUUCCGAUCAUACGAUGAACAGUUUUUGUUGGAUUUACAGGAACUGCAAUUACAAAACACAAAGAAAAAACGGAAUAAUAAGCUAACCUGGAUCCAGUAUACAUGUCAAACAUUUUGUAGGUAUGAAUAACCAUUGACCCCUGAAUAACCAUUAUUCCCACCUCGAUGACAUUAAGAUUCCUAUUCUCUUUUAUAGAAACAGCGAAACGACAACAGUUUCCCAGUUUGAUCUCGACAACGAACAGUUCUGUGCCUUUCAUUUUUCCCGCGUGAAGAGUUACGAGUCAUCUGUGUCACUUCCAUUAGGACUGGGACGAGGUUGA